UGCUGAUCUAGUAUCUUGUUUUUAGCAUUAGUCUGUGGAAAUGUGAUGAAAACGAUUGUGAAUUGUGAUUUGUAUUCAUGAAAGUUUUUCUACAUAAACUUUAUUCAAUUUUACGGCCAUGUGUAAUAACAUUGGCAAAAUUACUAUAAAUUCUAGUGAUGAUAUCUACCACUGCAAGCAGUAAAAUUAAAAACCUCAAGUUAUCUGAGGAUUCCGAGGGUCCUGACCGUGAAGAAAUUACACAUGAAAACACAGCGGAUGAUAAUGUCAGAGGUUAUGUUGGGCUAUAUGAUGCCUCCUCGUCAUUCGGAGGUCCGAGAGAUAUUCGCUUUCGAACCCGAGGUCGUGUAUCUGAAUUUCGCCAUUCUCGUGGCUAUGGUAGAGGGGGCACAAGAGGUCGUGGCGGUUUCCCGCCACGGUGCGAACGUGAUGAAAAUCCCUUUAAAUAUCACGAAUCGUUAGCUGCAACGAAUAAUGAAACUUGGCCUCAAGGGAACAGUAAAUUUUAUGAACGGUCAGACCUGGUUGUUAAUUUACCUGAAGAUCCCCGAAUAUCGAAGCUAUUACGUCGGUUAUGUGCGGAAGUGGAUGUGGAAAAAUCGAUUAUAAUAUGCAGUAAGCUUCAAGAGGCUGUCAUGUUACCAGAAAAUUCUAGAUAUAUUAGAAGAUCUUAUGAUAUAUUAGUUGAGUCACUGUUAGAUGUCCUAUAUGAUGCUCCAGGUAUAGAAACUAAAAAAGGUGCAGCAGCUGUGUUGGGCAGGAUUGGUUAUAUUAUGGGACCAGAUUUUCGGAAACAUCUCGAUUGGAUUGCCUCUACAUACAAUGUACAUAACAGUUCUAUCAAGCACUUGUUAACUUUAUCAUUCUUAGAAACUUAUCAGUUGGACCUACAAACCCCUAACAUAACAGAACAUGCUGAAAUGGCAUUAGAGAGACUGCAGGUGAUAAUAGAAGGUACUGAUUCUUGUGAAGUUUUUAUGGCAGCAAUUGAUUCAAUGAUUGUAUUGUCAAAUUCCUAUCCAGAAUAUUUUGCAAAUCAUUUUGUUGAUACUGUUGAUAUCCUGGUUGGGUGGCAUGUAGACAAUGGCCAACCAAAGAAGAUAAAAGCGUUUGCUCUGCAGUCAUUGUUCAAACUUAGCAGACAUUGGCAAGCAGAUGUGGGAUUUUCUGUCAACUUACUAAAUCAAUUUAUUGAGGACAUGCUUGCAUAUUCUGGGAUAGAUGAUAGAAGUGAGAAAGAUGAAGAGACUGCUCUUGAAGAAUGCAUGCAGAAGAUUGGAUCAUUCUUCAAUGUUUUCAACACAGUGGUGAAAAGUUUGGGAUCUUUGCUAAGUCCCACUGUGUCUCAUUCAGUAUCUUGGACAUUCAUCUCUGAUGCUUUAACUAAGGUUCUUCGGGUAUUAACCAUAGUCUUAAAACCAGAAGCUGAAACUGAUUUAAUCUUAUCAGGCAAUGAAUGUGUUACACUAUUACUAGGCUUCUUACAGACUAAGUCAUCAGCUUGUGCACCCGCCUUGUUUUCAUUAAUAUCAAGUGAAAUGGAAAUGUUUUUGCAUAUGGAAGAGAGUAUCUGCCUUAGUGUAAUUAAUCUUAUAUCAACCUCAAUUAAGGAGAUUUCAUCAAAUCUACCUAUUGAUUUCAUAUCGAAAACCAUCGGUCCCGAUUCACUGUUGAAACCAUUGCGAUUUUCACAAAAUGUACAGAUUUUACAAAGCCUGUUGACAAUUUAUAGCUAUUUACUAAAUCUCAAGAACAUUCCACUGCUUCAAGAAGCUUAUAAAUAUGUUUUGACUGAUAUUCAAAAUUCAAUUUCAGUUAUAAUUCCAGAGUUACAAAUAGUGAAUGUUGAGUACUCUGAAUUAUUGAAUAAGGAUGAUGCUGAAAGGAACAUAGUAUUUUAUCUACAGUGUUUAUCAGAUUUGGCAAAUGCUAGUAAUUCAAUUAUUGGAAUGUGGGCCUUACAACCUAGUAUUUUAGAGUUACUGGCAAUAAAGAUGUGCCCUCACAAUAUAACACUUACAAAAGACAGACCAGCCCUGCAGUACUCAAUACUCUAUUUGCUAUAUUCACAUUGCAAAAAAAAUAACCAUUUCAUAGCAUCCAGUGAUCUUGUGACAAACACUCACCAAAGAACGAAUGAUAUGUUUGGGCUGUCAAAUCUAAGUUUGGGUGAUGUUUCUAGUACCAGCCCAACUUGUGGCCAUUUAGGCAUAAUUCUACACACUUUAAGUAUUGUUCUAAAUGAACAGGUCCACAAAGAAACUUUGUUACUUAUUGUUAAUUGGAUUUCAGAUAUUUUUUGUCAAUUAGACAAAUAUUUACCUAUAGUCAGCUUAUCUAAAGAAUUCCUCAUUUUGACAAAAAAUAUGUUAAACUUGGCUUACAGUUUUGACAAUGACCUGGUACUUAAAAUUAUCAAAAAUUGCCUUUACUUACUUAGAAAUCAGAGUCUGACCUGGAAUGUUAUACCCUUGAAGACAUUGACGGUGAUCUGUAUACUUCACCUAGAUAAUAGGAAUAAAGUUGUUUCAAAACUUUGUAAGGAUGUGCUGUUUCAGCUUCCAUGGGACAUAGUGCAACAAGAAUUAGACAAACAAAUUGUAAAAUUAUAUACAUCUCGCAAGGAAGGUUUUUCUGUCAUUAACUGUAAUACCAAAUUUAACUCUUUCAGGGAGUUUCUUAUGAAAGGAUCAUUUUCAACACUACCCAACCAUCACUUUAAAUUGAUAAUAGAUUGCCUGGUGGCAGUCAGAGACAAUGAUAAACAAUUUUUAUUUGAAAUUUUUAACUUAUCAUGGCCUUUGCAGUCUUGUGAAAAUGAGAAAACAAAUCUUUUAUUUUUCCGACAAAGUGCUACAAAUUUCUCAGGGAUAUGUGUUAGUUGGGCUCUGUCUGAAGCUGCACACACUUGUAUUUCGCUUAAACUCCGAACAGUUUUAGGAAAACCCCAAGAGACAUUCACAAAAAUUGAAAGUGCAUUAAAAGGAGUUGCAAGGGAAAUAUCUUCCAAUGAAGAAAAAUAUGUUGCCGGAGAGUCCAGAUUAAAUUUGGUUCUUGUAGAGCUAACCAGAGCACGGUGGUUUAUCGAGUUUAUGAUGUUUUUAGAAAAAUAUACAUAUAAUGCAGCUGAAGGCACAGCCUCUGUAUUGCCAGCAGUUGCAAAACCCGUAAAAACGUUUUUUCAUACUAAUUGGCCGACCUGCCGGGAAUGGCAGAACAGAGUGAGACCGGCAGCAUUGGCAGUAAGCUUAUAUGCAGGCCAUUAUGGAGCAACCAUUUACCAUGCUUCUCUUUUACUUGAAAAUGCCAUAAACAAAUCUAAUAUUGAUAUUGAGGCAAUUGUAAUCAACUUGGCAGAAGCACUUAUAAAGUUACAAGAGCCUGAGGUAUUGCAUGGGCUAUAUAUAUGGAUAAAAACAACUUUUGAUAUAAAACUAUCAUGGCUUCGAGCUGCAGCUGAACAAGCCAAUGGUAGGUAUGAAAUGGCUAUUGAAUACUACAACAAGUUUAAUGACCUUAAAAAUAUUGAUGGUGAUUUCCCACAUUCAAGUGACAGUAGGUUGGGAAAAUUUGUAAAUGAUAACAUUAUAGAUAGCUACAAAAAUUUACAAAAUUGGGAAGAACUGACUGAAUGGUUAAAAACUGUUGAUAAAAAUAAUGAAAUAGACAUUGAUAAAUAUAAUACAUUGAGAUUGUUUGAAGAAAAUAUGGAAGGUAAUCUUUGUGACUGGAAUAAUUUAGAUCUUGAAAUUAAGGAAAUACCUAAACAUGCUUGCUCAUAUCAGGAUUUACUUAGCAAAUUAGAUUCCGAUCUGACUACAAUGGCUAUAAAUAUAUUCCAUGAUGACUAUAAUGAAUUAUACGAUACGUUAUUAAAUGUGCGUGAAAACUUACUUAAUUCAAGUACAGAAGAAUUUGCGAGAAAUAAUUCAAUUAAUUUCUUAAAAGAAAUAGCUGUUAUUCAAUUAGCUAACCAUGGGCUUCAAAGUUUAAAAUCGGGAAAAACUGUAGUGAAUCCAUUUAAACCGUCUAUCGUCAAGGAAUGCAGAUAUGGAACUGAAAUGAAAAAUCUCACAAAAGUUUUGUGGUGGAAUCAAUAUUUCAUGAAGCUAAAUAUGACCGAAGAAAAUAUAUUUUACAAUGAAUGUCUAAGAUUAGAUAUUGUAAAGAGUGCAAGAAAGAACGUAAAUUUAAAAAUGGCGAAGCAAGAAUUGUUAAAGCAUUUUAGAAAUAAUGUCUCAUUUCAACUUUCCUUUAACAUACACAACCUGGAAGAUUUGUCAGAAAUUCUCUUAAUGUCGCAUAAUAUUUACGAAAUAGAUAUUUGGACUUUAAAUAACGCCACUGCUCUCACUGAAUUGUGUAAAGUUACAUACGCUAAAGAAGAAUCUAAAUUAGCUGCCAUUAAUUUAUGUGCUAGUAUUGCUCUAAGUUUUUCUCAGCGAUUAGCAAUAGGUGAACACAGUUACGAGCUUCGAGAGAAAGCUACAAGAAUGUUGUUGACAUUAUCAAAAUGGGUUCAAAAUGAAAACGAUAAUGUUUUAGAAAAUGAUUCACCGUUAACUAAAUUGGUUUCGGCUCUUCCAGAAAUUGGCUUGGUUGAUAACAACAUAUCAGAAAAUGUAAUACCCAUUUCAGACUCGGCGGUGGGAAAACUUUUGCAGUUUGGUGUUAAUCAAUGUCCUGGUUUAGCAAAAGCUUGGGCAAAUUUUGCCGCAUGGUGUUUCAGAUGGGGUCGAAAGAUGGUUGAAUUCAGCUCAAAAACCGGAGAACAAUUAACGGAUAAUGACAAAUUGCAAAUUGAAAGCGUAAUGAUUGGUUGCUCGCCGCAAGAUUUCGAGGCUGUUUGUGAAAUAUUAUCUAAAACGAAAGCUACUUGUGAUGAAGACGACAUUGAUUGGAACGAAAUAAAUACUUCAGAGAUGAUUGAAAAUCAGUUGCGCACUGUACCAUCUUUAAAUAAUGCAUUCCCGGAACAUCUGGCACUUCUGGUGGAUAUUUGGCGACAGGCUCAAAAAAGAGUGUUUUCGUACUUUGAACUCUCAGCCGAUGCUUAUUUCAAAUUUUUGCAACUGAUUUGUGCCGCAGACUAUAUUAACCACAGUGGAGAAAAUGCUGUAGUUAAUGCUACACUUAGAUUACUUCGGCUGAUAGUUAAACAUGCUAUGGAGCUGCAGAGUGUUCUCGAGUCUGGUCUUGCAAAUACCCCUACUCAACCCUGGAAGGUCAUUAUUCCCCAAUUGUUUUCCCGUUUAAAUCACCCAGAAACUUACGUUAGAAAAUGUGUGUCGGAUUUACUUUGUCGCCUUGCGGAAGAUACUCCACAUCUCAUUACAUUUCCAGCUGUCGUGGGAGCUGUUGAAAAUGAACAAAAUAGCAUAACUGAACUUCACGUUCCCCGAUCUUAUCUGUCAAAUGACGAUGUUGAGAGUGACGAUGAUAAUCUGGAUAUGGAAGACAAUGCCAGCGACAAGACAUCUAACAAUGAGUUGAACUCUUGUUUCUUGGAUAUGGAACAGACGCUUGCAAAACAAGCGCCCACCACUAUACUUCAGGUAAAAUUGUUAGUGAAAGAGCUGCAACGAAUCAACUUACUUUGGGAUGAAUUAUGCUUAGGCACACUGGUCCAACACCACUCCGAAUUCAAUAAACGCCUAUCGCAAUUAGAAAACGAAAUAGUCAAAGUACAAAACAACGCUAACUUAGUAGCUGAAGAAAAGGAGAAGCUUAUCCAGGAAAAGCAUCGUAUCAUUUUCGAACCGAUUGUGUUUGUGCUAGAACAACUUCAUCAAAUAACUUCGGUUAAACCGGAGACGCCACACGAGAUAUCGUUUCAAACCAAAUUUCAAGCAACAAUCGUAGAAGUUAUUGAUAAAGUUAAGAAUCCAACCAAUCCGGAAAAACCACAAGAAUCAUGGGCACCACUAAAGCAAUUUCAAUUAAAAUUGCAACAAAAAGUCAACAAAAGAACUUCAUACUUCUUAAAAAUGUCGGAUAUAAGCCCUGUACUAUCGGAACUGAAGGAUACCGUAAUUACGAUGCCUGGUCUACAUACAAAUCAAAGAACAGUGAGAAUAACUAUCAAAUGCAUUGAAAACAACGUUGCUAUUUUACCCACGAAAACUAGGCCAAAGAAAUUGGUUUUCUAUGGAUCCGACGGAAAAGCAUAUACGUACUUAUUCAAAGGACUCGAAGAUCUACAUUUAGACGAAAGAAUCAUGCAGCUAUUAUCAAUUACUAAUACGAUGUUGGCACGAGACUGUGAAGACAACAACAACCAAACGUACAGAGCCCGACACUACUCUGUGAUACCGCUCGGACCGCGCUCGGGCUUGAUCAGUUGGGUGGACAACGUCACCCCACUCUUUGCACUCUAUAAGCGCUGGCAGAACAGAGAAGCCGCCUUGCUGACGGCUAAAACUAACAAAACCGCGAACGUGUUAAGGCCGUCGGAAUUGUUUUACAAAAAACUCAAUCCGCUUUUGAAAGAGGCUGGAAUAUCCCCCGAGAAUAGGAAGGAAUGGCCCACGUCUACUUUGAAGCAAGUGUUGGAUGCUCUCUCUGCAGAGACUCCUCGUGACCUACUCUGGAGGGAGCUGUGGUGCGGAAGCGUCUCGCCCGACCAGUGGUGGCACAUGACUCGUCGCUACUCCCAUUCCAUGGCCGUGAUGAGCACCAUCGGUUAUAUCAUUGGCUUAGGCGACCGACAUUUGGAUAACGUGCUAGUAGACCUGACGACGGGCGAAGUGGUGCACAUCGACUACAACGUGUGUUUCGAGAAGGGCAAAGCGCUGCGCGUGCCCGAGAGGGUGCCCUUCCGCAUGACGCCCAACUUGCGAGCGGCUCUCGGCGUCACCGGCCUCGAGGGCAUCUUCAGGCUGGGGUGCGAGCACGUGGUGCGCACGAUGCGGCGGGGACGCGAGACGCUUCUGACAUUGCUCGAGGCGUUCGUGUACGACCCGCUGGUGGAGUGGGGCGGUGGACGGCGACGUCGCGGCACGAGGCACGUGCGCGCCGCACGCGCCAUGCUCGCCGUGAGGGUGCGCGAGCUGAAGCACGGCAUCGGCGAAGUCACGGAACGACUCGUCGCUUUGCUACCCGAAGUACAGCAGUGCGCCGACAAGUGGCUAGAGGAGAACGAUAAGUUAAACACGAUCGAGACGAAACUGCAAGAGUGCCAUCAACAGAUGGCUUUGAUCAAGGAAAUAGAGUCGUACGGCAACAACCUCGGCGGUCAUCCUUUGUAUGCGAUAUCACAAAAGUACACUUCUUACAAACAGGCUAAGAAUGCAGUGGAAGAUUCCAUGAAAGUUCUUGUCAAAAUACUCAACGAUUUCGACACUCAAAUUGAAAAUUUCGUGACUACGAACGAAGUCCUAAACGGCCCCCAGUUAAUGGCGUGGGUGCAGGAAUUCUCGGGAUCCAACGAAGACGACGAGAGACCUAUUUUCGACCACAUCCAGGAAUUCCUCACUAACGCCGGUCAAGGCUCCAUGCUGACCCAGUGCGAGCAGGCCGAGACCGAACUGAACCAGAGCAUGCAACAGACGAACCUUCUCAUCCGAUCUUGUCUAGAGCUCCUGUCUCAAUACGUAGCGGUAUCGCAGUAUUAUCCGCAGAGUCAAACGGAGUACCAUCGCAUUGCCACGUUCCGCAAGUUUCUGGCCGCGGCGUUAGAGAGCAAAUCCCCCGAGGUCUGCCGCGACGUCGCCAACCAAGUGACGGCCAUGGUCAACGCGGAGAACACCUGCGGCGACUCUCAACAAAUAGUAGCACUCAAUUACCGUCUGCAACAGUUGAACGCGGAGGCCAACGUCCACCUCAACAAAUGUCUCGAAAGACUGCAGGUGGAAGGCGGCCCCGACGCCAUCGUUGCGGCGCAGGAAGCGUACAAAGAUGCGAAAAAUAACAUCAGCAAUUGGGUUAGAACCGAGGAGGGAGCCGCGGGAAGUUUGGAGAGCGUGGUCAUCGGGAUGUUGUGCAAUUUGAAUAGGAGAUAUUUGAUGCUCGAAAACGGCGCCCAGAGCGCCGGGGACUGCCUCGUGGACUUGACUUCUCGAGAAGGGGAGUGGUUCUUGGACGACAUGAGCGCCCUUUCGAUGCAGGCGGUCGAGCUGCUGUCUCUGCUGCCCUUGCAGUCGGCGGCGGUGGAAGACGCCGCGAUGCCGGUGGCGGUCGAAUGCGUCAGAAACGCAAACCUAUUGUUGGCCGAUUUGGUGCAACUGAAUUAUAAUUUUAGUACGAUUAUUUUGCCGGAAGCCCUAAAAAAGGUCCACUCGGAGGACCCGUCCGCGCUGCACGUGAUCAACGAGCUGAAUGCCGUCAUAAUGAACUCCCCAGUUCCGUUAAACGAUAUACUGGCGCAGCUGGAAUUGCACUUCCGGUAUUUGCUGAUGGACAUGGAGUCGCCGGCGCCGGGAGCCCAGCUGCUGGCGGCGGAGCUGCGCGCCAGAUACGAGACGCUUCUGUCCACGGCGGCCGAGGAGGGCCAGAGCGGCGGGCGGAUGCUGCUGAUGGGGUUCAACGGGCUCUUCGCCGCGGUCGAGCUGCGCGGCCGCGAGCUCGCCGACCACCUCGACUCGCCCGUACCGCCCGCCUGGAGGAAGAUAGACCACGUCGACGACGCGCUGCGUAUGUCGGCGGCGAUGCAGCGCGGGACCCUGCGGGCCGUUCUGGAGGAUAUGUUUCUGGUGCGGCGAGUGCAGACCGUGGCCGAGGUGUUCGCCAUGUGCGUACAGGUGGCUCGCGCCGCCCGAGGGGCGCCCGUCGCCGGGCCCGCGCCUCCGCCCCACGACGACUCCGCGCUCGCCAAGCCGAUCGGGCGCUACGUCGCCGAAUACGUGUCGCGGUGCGUGCUGGGCGUGCCGUCGCGGGCGUUGGCCUCCGUGCUGUGUCUGCUGCUGCGCCGCGCCCGCCUGGACCUCGGCGCCGAGGUCGAGCAAAAAGAAAUCGGGGCCUCGUGGAGCGUAUCUCUGGAGUCGCUGUGCGAGAAGGUGUGUCGCGCCGGAAGCGAGCGCGGCGCCAGUCUGGCGGCAGGAGUGGUCGCGGCGCGGGCCCGCCUGUGUCGCGCCGCCGCCGCCGUCCGGGCGGCCGAUCGCGCCCGAGCCGCCGCCCGGGCCCUGCGCCUCAGGACCGCCGCCCACGCGCACUUACACGCCGAGGUGCUGAACGGGAGCCAGGAGUCGAGCGCGGCGCUGUCGAGGCGCUCGCGGGAGCUGUCGGCGGCCGGGGAGCGGCUAGCGAGCGCCGCGGGACGCGCCCGUAGCCUAGUGCAGUCGGCGCACCAACGCGUCAAGUGGGGCGCGGGCGCCAACCCGGCGCUGCGCGGCGUGGUACGCGGGCUGGAGAGCGCGUGGGGCUCCCGCGAGGAGAGGGCGGGACGUCUCUCGGGCGCCGCCGCGGCCCUCGCUCGCCACGCGCGGGCUGCCGCCGCCCUCGGUGCGCCUCCGGCCGCCCGCGCCCAGCGCACGCAGCGGGCGGCGCGUACGCUCCGCACCGCACUCGCUCAUUGGGAAAAGGCCUGCGCUCUGACGCAGAAGUAUUCGCUGGCGGUGACGCCCCUCGAGGAGUCGCUCAUGGAGAUGCUGCACCCCGAGGGAAACAUCGACGCGCACUGGGUGGAGACGGUGUCGGCGCUGGUGCGCGAGCUGACUCAGGGCGUGGGCGGAGACGCGACUCGAGCGCGGGCGCAGGUGGCGGCGGCGUCGCAGGAGCUGAGGCGCGCCGCCGACGCCGUCACGUCGGCGGCCGCCGAUCGCGCCGCCCUGCUGACCGAUCUGCGCGCGCCCCUGGCCGCCCUCGCCGAGAGCGAGACCCCGGCCGCCGAGUUCCUCGAGGGGUGGGGCACGGCGACGGAGAAGCUGAACGCGAUCGCGGCGGAGGCGGUCUCCCGGCGCCGGGUGGAGGCCGCGUCGCGGAGCGCUCGCACCCUGAGGGACGACCUGCCCGCCCUGCUCGACGCGCUCGUGGAGUUGCCGGCCAACCUGUCGGAGAGCGGCCCCAGGAGGCCGGGUCGUCGGCCGGCCUCGGGGGCGCGGCCUCCCGGCCGACACGCGGGCGAGCGGCGCAACUCCGUGGGGGCGGGCGUGUGGCGCCGCGUGCGCCUGAAGCUGGAGGGCCGCGACGCUCCCGCCUCGCAGGCGGCCAGGCGCGCCACGCCCGCCGAGCAGGUCGACUACAUCAUAGCGGAGGCGACGAGCGUCGAGAACCUGUGCCUCAUGUACGAGGGCUGGAUGGCUUGGGUGUGAAACGACGCCGGACGUCCGGCGGCCACGAGUGUCAAGAGUUAGACGUCAUCCGGGCGCGUCUGCGUCGGACGGCCCGAGCGCGCCCGGACCCGGGACGGAGGAGACGGCCCGACCGUCGCGAACCGAUUCGCGGCCGGAACCGAGAGGCUCUCGGCCGGCGGAAGCCCCGAUAGUGUUUAACGGUUUAGUCUUAGUCCUAAUUAUAAUAAUCAUAAUAAUAGCUCCGCAGCGGAGAACGCUUCGUUCGUAUUUCGGUAUUAAUAGUCGCGAGUCGGUGGAUGACCUGGAUUCUGGUGAAAUAACAAGUCAAAAACGGAUUCCGUCAAUCUUUUUUCUCAUUAAUCCAUAUAUUAUUUGAUUCAAUUUGCAAUUUACAAUAAUUUCUUAAACUAACAUCCGUAGCCCGUGGAGCGAUCGACCGCCGCCGACAAAGUGGAACGAAGACGAUGUUUGAAUGUUUGUAUCGCUUCAUUUCUCAUAGCUCUAAAAUAAAUGGUGUACGUUUAAA